GCUCUCCAGUGUAAAUCCAAUUCUGUUCACCUGAAUGACGAACCCCUCCCGACUAUAGGGACAGAGUCCACGCUUUGCUACAGAUCUGAAACCCCUCCCCCUUGAUUCGCCCCUGCUGCCCAUAUCCUACUAUUUAGGGUUCGAGCUGCCGCCAAGCAGUUUUUGUGUCUAAUCAAUAUAGUGGGCUUCUUUCGGACUAAUUCAUAGAAGAUGACAAUCGUGAAUAGGGAACUAGGUACUUGCCAGAGACAUUCGUCCAUGUCAGUGGAUGUUCGGUGACGGUCGUAGUUUCCCAAUUUUCUCCACUCCUGUUCUGAAACUGCUUGUUGCGAGGGUUCUGGUCAGCACAUGAAACGCUAUCGCUCGCGGACUGGUUCCGUAGAGACGCAGAGAAGGAAGGCUACGCUGGGGCCUAAGUUUUUUCUCUGGAGGAUCAAAAUGGGGACCCCCUCGUCCUCUUCGUGGUCUGUCUUGCUCGCCAUCGCUGCCGCAGCAGCGACAGUAGCAGUCUCCGCAUUCUCAGUGCAGGAAUGGAAGAAGCUUUUGUCUCGUCGAAUCGCAGAACUCGAGGAACAAUUAGCUACAGCACACAAGCAGCGGCAUGCUGAGCGCAUGGGACGUAUCAGAGGUCAACGGGAACUGCGGCAAGCACUACUGAAUAGCAAAGACGAGAAGUCUGGCAAUGCAUCGUAUCCUAUGACACCAAUUGGGCUUAUUCGUUCAUGUUUCUCCACAAGGAAUGGCACUCCUCGUCAGCCAAUGUUAGUGACUACCGCGAGAGCAAGUCUGGUCUUAUCAAGUAAGAACGUCGCAGCCGAGGCCCUUGAUGGUCUCUCACAGUACUCGCACUGCUGGCUUAUAUAUGUAUUUCAUGAGAACACUGACCUACCUGGACUUUGGAAGCAGCCACCACACAAGGAUUUUAAAGCCAAGGUGCGGGUACCUCGACUGGAUGGGGGCAAGAUGGGAGUCUUUGCUACGCGUACCCCACAUCGCCCAUGCCCCAUUGGCCUGACUGUUGCCAAAGUUGAAGGCAUCCAAGGAGCAACUUUACUUUUAUCUGGAGCUGAUUUAGUUGACGGCACGCCCGUCUUGGAUAUAAAGCCAUACCUACCUUAUUGCGAUUCUGUUCCAGGUGCAAUUGCACCCUCUUGGGUGAAGGCUGGGGGAGAUGACGACAUCAUUGCAAUGGCAUCGGUUGAAUUUACAGAAGACUUCUGCCUUGAUCUUGCAAAAUGUUGGGACACGAUGGGAAAAUUGUCACUGUACUCAAGUUGGAUGGAGUUUCAGGGGCUUGUCAAGCAAGUUUUGUCUCGUGACAUACGUUCAUUAAGUCAGCGUCAAAAGCCUCAUAAUGCCAUCUUGAGUGCAUUAAAUGAGCAAUAUCUCAACGCUCCUAAAGAUACUAGUUCUGACCCCUUGCAACAAGCAUUAGAAAAUGCCGAAAACUUUGAUCAAACUAGUGUGUACGCUGGUGCUGAUCAGUCUGUACUAAUUGAUGAUAAGACCGAGGAUGCUGAAACGAGCACGUUUGAAAAGAUCGAGAGGGAUGACAAGGUAGUAUACCAUUUAGUGUUGGAGGGUGUGGACAUUUCAUACACACUGCUAGAGGAUGGUAAGGUUUUAAUUGAAGGAGCAUCACUAACGAAGGUGUUGAAGCCUCCUGCUUCUCGUGAUUUUGAUCCUCGAAAUUGGAGGCACUUGUUUUCCAACGAGGCAUAGAAUAUUUCAAACUUUAAGCUUACAUUGCUGGUUUCCUUGCAAUAUUAAGGAUAUAUCGAUUUUUGCUGUCUAAGUCCAUAUAAUUUGCUAUAUUA